AUGUUCAAAUUGUUUUCUCAACUUGAACAUUCAGAGCUAGAACGCAUUGAGCUGCAAAAAAAUCCCUCAAAAAAAUGCUCUCACUGUCAAAGCCUUGGUUUCGGAUUCGAAUCCGUCUGUUNGGUUUCGGAUUCGAAUCCGUCUGUUUUAACCUCGGAUAAUGGUGCAGGCGGAGUGUUAUCCCCUACGCCGCAGGAUUAUGCUUCUUAUGCUGCACCUGCGGUGGCUGAUCCGAGCGCAAUUGAGGUUGAUUCGGUGACAGAGGCGGAAUUGAAGGAGAAUGGGUUUCGGAGCACAAGGAGGACGAAAUUGAUAUGCACUAUCGGUCCAGCCACGUGCGAGGCGAAGCAGCUGGAGGCACUGGCGGUGGGGGGAAUGAAUGUGGCGAGAAUUAAUAUGUGUCAUGGCACGCGCGAGUGGCACCGGGAAGUGAUUCAGCGUGUUAGGAGACUGAAUGAGGACAAGGGUUAUGCAGUGGCCAUUAUGAUGGACACUGAGGGAAGCGAGAUUCACAUGGGGGAUCUUGGCGGCACCUCUUCCGCCAAGGCUGAGGAUGGGGAAGUAUGGACUUUCAGUGUUCGAGCAUUUGAUUCCUCUCUCCCAGAACACACCAUUAAUGUCAAUUAUGAGGGAUUUGCUGAAGAUGUGGAAGUGGGUGAUGAACUUUUAGUAGAUGGUGGAAUGGUGAGGUUUCAAGUGAUUGAAAAAAUUGGUCCAGAUGUUAAGUGCUGUUGUACAGAUCCCGGACUUCUGUUACCUCGAGCUAACCUUACCUUUUGGCGUGAUGGGAGCUUAGUACGGGAGCGUAAUGCGAUGCUUCCAACAAUAUCCUCCAAGGAUUGGUUGGACAUUGAUUUUGGGAUUUCGGAAGGUGUUGAUUUUGUUGCUAUAUCAUUUGUUAAGUCUGCUGAAGUUAUAAAGCACCUUAAGAGCUAUAUUAAGGCACGAGCUCGUGAUGGUGACAUAUCUGUGAUUGCAAAAAUAGAAAGUAUUGAUUCAUUGAAGAACUUGGAGGAGAUCAUUCAAGCAUCUGAUGGUGCUAUGGUGGCAAGAGGUGAUCUGGGUGCUCAGAUUCCGUUGGAACAGGUUCCAUCAGAACAACAGAGGAUAGUCCAAAUCUGCAGGCAAUUAAAUAAGCCUGUUAUUGUUGCCAGUCAGUUGCUUGAAUCUAUGAUUGAAUACCCUACACCUACUAGAGCUGAAGUUGCCGAUAUUUCUGAAGCGGUGCGCCAGCGAUCAGAUGCUUUAAUGCUUUCUGGCGAGUCUGCCAUGGGCCAGUACCCUGAGAAGGCAUUGACUGUUUUAAGAAGUGUUAGUCUGAGAAUCGAGAAGUGGUGGAGAGAGGAGAAACAUAAUGAAGCUACAGAACUCUCAGGGAUAGCAUUGUCUUUUUCAGACAGCAUUUCAGAAGAGAUUUGCAACUCUGCUGCUAAGAUGGCCAACAAUUUAGGGGUGGAUGCUAUUUUUGUUUACACGAAGACUGGUCACAUGGCAUCUCUUCUAUCGCGUUGUCGACCUGAUUGUCCAAUUUUCGCAUUUACUAACUUGACGUCUAUACGCAGACGCCUGAACUUGCAAUGGGGUCUCAUACCAUUUCGAUUGAGCUAUUCUGAUGAUAUGGAAAGCAACCUCAACAAGACUUUCUCCUUGCUCAAGGCCAGGGGGAUGAUUAAAUCAGGUGACCUCGUAAUUGCUGUCUCUGACAUGCUGCAAUCUAUUCAAGUUAUGAACGUUCCAUGA